AUGGAUUUAUCAAAGGAAAGUCUUCUAAAUCUUAAUUGGAGUGAUUUAUCAUGGUUUCAACAUUUCAAUACAGAAUUAAGUCAAGAAACAGCAUUAGCUUAUUUUUGUCAAAUAGGAAAUCCAUUUUAUGAUCGAUCGAGUUUAAAUGAACAAAUUUAUAUGAAAAAUCUUCCAGUUGAAGCUAUGUUAAAUGCAACGGGUAUUGAAUAUGCACUUAUACAUCAACAAGAUCCAGUUUUAUAUAUUAUUCGAAAAAGUUUUCGUGAAGGACCAAAUGAAUUAAGGCCACUUCAAGAAUAUUAUAUUCUUGCACCAGGUCAUAUUUAUCAAGCUCCUGAUGCAGCAUCUGUUAUUAGUCAUCGAUUGUUAACUGCUGUUCAUCAUUUUGGCAAAGCUUUUGAUGAAGCAUCACAAAGAGCUGCUUAUCAUCCUUCAUCAGGUUAUUAUUGGAAAACAAAUAAUUCAUCUGAUGAAUUAACAAAGAAAGAUUCAUCAAAAGAUAAAGUCUUAACAGUUACUCAACGUGCUCGUUUUGAUGCAAUAUUUCCUAAUUAUCAUGAACGUUUUCGACCACGAAUACCAGCUGGAACAACUGCACAAACUGCAAUACCUCCUUCAACAACGAAUAAUGAACCUACAGCUAUUGCUGGUGGCGAUACUAAUCUUCCACGAAAAGAAGAACGUACACCAUCUGAUUCACAAUCAAAUACCAGCGAACGACCUAUGAUCGAAGUUAAAAAACAAAAAACUCAAAAAUAG